AUGCAGUCACCGCAACGCCAGAGGCAGGCCAGGUACACGCCGAAGACAAACGGAGCGACUUCGCCUCCACAGGGUUCAAGACAAUCUAUGUCACCGGGGUACCAAAGCUCCCAGCAGUCUCCCUCAUACUACUCAAGUUCCAGGCGGCAAGCGGCCGUGGUGUUAGACUCGGUAGCAGUUGAGCCCGAGUUUCCAUCCACCGUCCGGAAGCUCUUCACGUCAAAGGACAGCACAACUCAGCUUGAGCGGCCCAAACCAGCCGUCGACGAGGAGUUUGUGCGGCUGCUCGAUCACCUGCUCCAGGCCGCUCAGACUACAAAGUUCCCAAGUGCCAUCAGCUUGGAUAUGACCGAUUUAUCCAGGGCACUCGACGACAUUGACCGAACGACGUCAGCCCCGCCACCUUUCAAGAUCCGCUCCGAGACCGAGUUCGAGAAGCACUCCAAGGUUGGCGCUGCAGCACGAGACGCUGACUUCCUGGCCAAGAUCUUUUCGUUCUUUCAUCGAAUUCUAGGCGAACAACUCUAUUUGUCUGACUGGCAAAGCAACAUGCGGAAUCUGAUCAAGCAGCAUGCGUCAUACGAGCACUGGCCUGACUGGAACGGGGCUGAGACCUCGGACUUUGUCUUCCCCGACGACAAGGGUACGCUGACAGCCCGGCUGAUUGAGCAAGGCUUCUUGGACAGACAGCAAUGGGAUGGCCAGAAGCCCGAGUACUACAUCGAAGUUAAGUCUACGCUGAGCCAGAGAAACAGAGAGUUUUAUAUGAGUUCCAAUCAGUAUAAAAGAGAUACCGUCGUGGCCGCCGCCAAACGUGGAGACACUGAUGUCUACCCCGAUGAAGGUCACGCCCAUCCCCUUAACUGCGGAAAGGCGGAUUUUUCGUACCAAAGUGGCACCUUCAAGGAUCUUGUCAAAUCGGAAGCUCUGCAAUGCCCGGAGUGGCAAAUAAACCACUUCUAUGUACAAGAGCUUGUUAACCCUGUAGAUGAUCUAUUCAAUGAUCUACGUAUUAUCACCAACGAGGCCUUGAAUCACAAGGAUUAG